GCCUGAGAUAGCAGAAGAGAAGAGCGACAAAGAAUGGAACCGGAAGGGAGGCGGGUAAGAAGGUUUGGGAGUGAAAGGGAAUUUAGAACAAAUCACUCUCUCCUACCCCUCCGCAGUCGCACCACUCCUCCUCCUUCGCUUUCCAACUCCAUCUCUUUCUCAUGUUGGUAUUGUGACUACAAGAUCUCCACUCUCAACCAACCCCUCUUCCACCUCGGACGACGAUACGCCGCCAUUUUCCGACCAUGGUUCUCCGUCGGCGUCGGCUUUGCCCUCACCGCUCUCCUCUCCGUUUCUCUGAUUCUCCUCUGGGAAAUAGGCAGAGCUCUGCGUGUUCUCCCGGAGUGCUCGUUUGGCGAUCUUUCCAGCUCCUUGUUGUUCGGGUUCUCUUCUUUCCCUUCCUCUAAGGGAAUUUCACUUGCUGAUGCUGGAUACUUAUUAGUUUCUACGUUGAUAUCCGUAUCUCUUCAUGAAUUCGGGCAUGCUCUUGCCGGUGCAAGUGAAGGCAUUCAGAUGGACUACAUUGCUAUCUUUAUUGUGGUUCUAUUUCCUGGUGCUUUGGUGGCUUUUAAUUACGACUUGCUGCAAGCAUUACCGCGUUUUGCUUCCCUUCGUAUAUAUUGUGCUGGCAUUUGGCACAAUGCAGUGUGCUGUGCAGUUUGUGGACUGGUAUUAUUCUUCCUGCCUAUGAUUUUGUUUCCCUUUUACCAACACGGUGAAAGCCCCAUGGUUUUGGCCAUACCUUCUUCAUCACCCUUAACUGGACACUUGUCUCCUGGUGAUAUAAUUGUCUCGUUAGAUGGCAUACGUAUCAAUAGCGCCCAAGAGUGGAUGGGGAUAUCAUCUUUGCUAAAUCAAUUGGCACUUGAAAAUAUGAAUAAUGCUACAUCUGUCGAAAGCAUCAGAAGAGUCAAUAGCAGUAAGGGGUACUGUGUUCCUGAUUCUGUUUUGGAAGAAAACAAGAAGAUUAAGGUAGUAGAAAAUCAGUUUGGUUGUCCUGAUGAUCUUGCUCCAUUUGUUGCCAUUCCCUGUCCCGAUACAAGGUUGUUAGAUGGUAAUCCAAAAAGGGUUGAGGAAAACCACUGCUUGAAUGCUAAGGAAGUCGUUAAGUUCAAUAAAUGUGGCGAUGGUUGGAUGGGAGCUGAAACAGAGGGCGGUAGUUGCGCAUGUUCACAGGAUAAGUCUUGCUUAAGUCCAAUUCAAACACCAGACAUGCUAUGGGUUGAAGUCUCAUAUUCAAGCCCAUAUUCAUCAGAAUGCUUGCAAUUUGGAAGGAAAUUACCUUCAGCUUCAAGGACUUCUGAUUUUGUAGAACCUAAUUGCGGCGGAACUUUUGUUUUCGUUGGUGACAUAAUAUCCAUGGCGAGCGCGAUUCGAUUAACCGCGUAUCAACCUCGUUGGGCAUAUUUUAGUCCCUAUCUUCCAGAUGUAUUAGAAAGAAUUUUUAUGUGCACGUUCCACGUCUCUCUAACACUAGCUCUUCUCAACAGUUUGCCGGUGUACUUCCUGGAUGGAGAAUCUCUUUUAGAUGCGGCUCUUUGCCAUUUCACAAUGUUGAGUCCAAACAAGAGGGGGAAAGUUCUCCGGAUAUGUUGCUUGGCCGGGACGCUCACUUGCUUGCUUACCCUUUUCAGGAUCUUCCUAAAAUUUUUGUAAUUAGAAGGUAAAGUUAUAAUCUGUAAAACAGUUACAUGUUACUUUAUCAGCUCUAAUUUAAACAAAAAAUUAUGUUCUUUCUAAUUCUGUAGGAAGAUUACAUUUGACCUUAU